AUGCCCAAAAAAGCACAGGCAGGUUGUCCAGGAAAUGCAUCAACCGCCAAGACUCAAGUCAAAAUGCCUGAUAAGAAAGCUGCUGGAACUGCAGCUGCAGCCACUUCAACAUCUAAUGGUACCAAACCUGCAAAUGGCCCUUUAAAGAAAACACUGGCCACUACUAAACCCAAAACAGGUGUAAACUCUUAUCCAAUGGCCUCCACUGCCCCAAAAUCAGGCACUUCCACCUCGACCAAGCCGGAUACUUCGGUGACAAAGACUACCAGACCUGCCACAGUCCUGCAGACUUCCCGUGCAGCCGGCAAGCCCACCACAGUGGCAGCCACUACAAAGUCCCUCUCCACAGUCUCGAGAACCACUGCCCCCAGAGGGGCUACUACUGCGCCCCCAUCUGGCAGAACUGCAGCAGCACCUCCUAACAAAGUUUCUGGAAAAAAAGAUGUUGUUCGACCACCUGCUGCAGCUGUGACCAAAAAACCACUACACAUACCUGGUGCAAAAAAAACAGACUCCAAACCAGCAGUAUGUGUGAGGCCCAGCAUGACUUCUACAACCACAAAAGUUGAUCAAAAACUACCACCACCACUAACUAAACCCCAGCCCACGACGAUGGCCAAUGCAACAAAGAAAUCGUCUGCAGCUGCUACACGCUUCCGGAUCGCACAGACCCCACCUGGUUCACCAAUGGGCAAAUUUCCAGCUGCCAGAAACGCCCCACAAUCCAAAAUCUCACACAAGCCCACUCAGGCAGUCCCACCUUUCGGUGCCAGCAAGAGCACAGGCAAAACGGGAGCUUCCAAAGCAGCUGCUGCAACUCCAAAGAAGACUGCAGGAGCCACAGGAGCUGUGCAGGAUGCACAAGUGCCACCACAGUCGUCUGCACCAGAUUCUUUCGCUGAUCUUGUGGCUCCCGUCUCUGCUCAAAGUAUUAUGUUGGAGACUGCAGAGAAAGAUGCUGAAAUUAAAAUUUCUUCAGCCUCUCAAAGUCCAUUAACUACUUCCUCACCUCAAAUAGAGCCCUGUGUUCCUGAUCCUUCUGCACAUGAGCUUGUCCAAGCUGCAUUCCAUCCCUCUCCGGUGGCUGCAUCUCUGCCUCAAGAACUCAAAAACAUUUCCUCUGUAACUGAAACUCAAACGUUGCUGCUUCCGAAGCAUACCCUUGAGCCUGAAAAUGAGCAGCCUUUGUUUGUCCCCUUCAACAAUCUGAAUGAUGAUGAGGAAGAGGAGGAGAAGGAGGGUAGUCAGUUAGUUUCUGUAUCAGAAAUGAGUGGGACGACACAGCCCACGGAAGAGUCUCGUCCUGGGUCCGCAGGUCCACUCGGGGCUUCUGCCUGGCGAGUAGGUGGGGCUUUACACUCUGAGCUGGACUCUGAGGAGGUGAGUGUCAGUCAGCAGGGUGCCUCUGAACUCAGUGCCCCUGGAGUCCUGGAGGGAACUGAGAGCAUGGAUGAUCUGGGGGAGGGCAGUCUGAAAGGGGCCAUGGAUAUGGAGGGUGCCUCGGCUGGUUCCCCUGACUUUGAAAGGGUUCCUGAGAUCCCAGUGAAUGACGAUGAUGACGACGACGAUCGCGUUUGUGACAUGGACGUUGGAUCUGAGCGAGCAGAUGAACCCCAGAGACAUGACAAUGAUGUGGAUGAUGAAGAUGAAGAUGUAGAGAUGGCUAGUGAGGGCAUCACAGAGAGUGGCCUGGAGAGCUAUGGAAACGCAGAUGAAGAUGACUUUGCUGAAGAUGAAAGAUUGGACAAUCUAAACAGAAUGGCUCAGCCACCACCCCCUCCUCUGCUUCCUUCAGCUCCUGCUGCACAGUGGGAUCAGCCCAAUCCCUUCUCUGGUCCAUGUGCCGUGCUUGUACCACAUCAGUCCCCAUCUGAAGCUGCAGAGUCAGGAGCGCAGGUUGAAGAGGCUGCAGAGAGUCCACUGACUGACCCCUGUCAAGGAGACUCUGAGACUCCAACACAGGAGUCUGGUCAGGUCUGGAUGGAACUUGGCUCUGCAACAAUCAUAAAUGAAAACCAAGAUGACCCUGAAACUGUCUUUGACAAAAAACCCUUGACUCCCGAGCCUGCCGCCGAGCCUGCCCUCUCACAAACUGCCCUCUGCGCCCUUGAGUCUUCACUGUCUCCAAUAAGGAGCGGGCCUUGUUCUGAGGAAACGAAGGUCCUGAGUGUGGAGGAUGUGCCUGAGCCUCGGUCCUCUCCACAGCUUGAGCAGUCUCAUGGCAGGGCGCCAGACGACACUCCUGCAUGUGAAUCUUCCAAUGGCCCAGCCUCCAAUCCCUCCUCAUCUUCUGUGACCGAGGACGAGGCCAGUGACACAGAGGGAGAGGCUCAACUGGAAGACUCCCUGGAGCCAUCAAUCGAUUGCAAUGUGACCUUUGAGUGCAUGUCCCAUGGCCAGCGCAUGCUGUCCAUAGUGGAGGAAGGUGAGGAGCCACAGGACCGUGGAGCUCCUGAGGAUGCGACUCCUUCUGCUACCUCACUAGUGUCCUUUGGCUUAGACCCAACCACCUUAGCGUCCAACUCCAAUGCUCAGUCCACAGAGAGCUGCGUGAAGAGCCCUGGAAUCUUUUCUGUGGAGGAGCUGCCGGAGGAGGCCAGAGAGCUGGAUUUCACCCACAUGCAUGUAGCUAGUGUGUCCAAUCAACCUUACAUAGAGUGUGGAAAGCACCCUGUGGACUCUGAGCAGGCUGUGGAAAGCAACAUUGCAAUUCCAGACAAGGUUUAUUCCCCGUCACCGGAGCCUCAACCGGUAGAGCAGACUGCUCCCCUUGGCGACCUCCAGCCUCCCUACUAUUCAGCUAUCUGUGAAAAGACUGAGAGUUUCGCAGGCUUCACUGCACUGCUGCACCCACAGCGCCGUGACCACUCUUCCUACCCGCGCACCUACUGUGACAUUGUCAAACCAAUCAAUGCUGCGCUCGCGUCCCCCAGGCUGAGCUGCACAGACCUCCCGCCCCGCAGCCCCAAACAGCAGUCCCUUAGUCCACAGCUGCGCAGGCUGGAACAGCACCAGCGCCACCUACAGGAACUACAACAGCGCCGUGAGCAGCAGAGCAGGCCCAUGGAGGAGGCUGAGCAAGAGAGGAGGACGAGGGAGGAAGAAGAGGAGAGGAAGAAGAAGGAUGAGGCUGAAGAGGAGAUAAAAAGGAAUAAGCGGAGGCUACGAGAGCAAGAAGAACUUCAGCAAAGGAAAGCGCUUGAAAUGCAGCUGCAGCAGCAACAAGAGGAGCUCAAACAGCGACAGCAGAUUAUGCAGUGGCAACAAGAACUAGAAGAGUCCAAUAAUGAACAGCCUCUGCUUCUGUCGCCCUCGUCCGGGCUUUGUACUAUUUACGAGGCGCUGGAGCAAGAUGAGGAUGAGGCAAAGUGUGAGGACAGAGUUAAGGGGCUCAACCCAAUCGCAGAGAAGGACUUUAAGAGUAGCGAGGUAGACAGUGGCUGUGCGAGGGUCACUCCUGAAACUCAGAUUAGUCCCCCACCUCCACAGGAUGCUCCGCAGAGACUGGAUUGUCCCACACAGAACGGAGACCAUGAUUCUUCAGAGUCCCCUGAAAGAGAGUCGCCCCGAGAGCUGGAGUGGGGAAAGAAGGUUGACAUUGUGCAUCAGCUGAUCAAUCAGACACUGCUGUUGAAUGGGGAUGGUUGCUCUUCCUUGCUGCUGCUUCCAGGGGGUGCAGGGGGGACUCUGAGCCCCCUGGAGAGCAGCUUGUGGCCCACCCUGCUGCCUCCUCUUACCCCUCCCUCAGCCACGGUUACCUCUGUGAGCAGUUUCUCCCCAGAGAUCACCGGGACAUCUCCUCAAGGGGAGUGGACUGUGGUCGAACUGGAAACUCAUCACUAA